AUGCGGCGUUGCCGCUGCGCCCCCGUCCACGAACGCGCCGCCGCCGCCGCCGCCGCCGCCGCCGCCGCCCCGGGCGCAUGGGGCCCCGCCCCCGUGAGCGCCCGCGGAUCGCGUCAUGCGCGCGCUCCGGCGCCGCAGCCCUUGCGAGCAGGCGCAGACGCCCAGGCGUUUGAAUCGCUCCUGGCCGGCGCCGGCGACGACGACAACCGCCGCCCAUCAGCGCGGCCCGGCGCGCCAGCCGCAGCCGUGGGCAUCGGUUCCCAAUCCAAACCCGCUGACGAGGCGGAGGACGAGGAAACCAGCAGCCUGCUGCCGCCCGUGCUGCCGCUGCACCGCGGCGCCGAGCGCUUCGCUUGGGCGGCGCCGGACGGCACGCUGUUGGAGGUCAUCCGGCGGCAGGGUGUCCCGCAGGGCGACGACGCGGCCGCCGGCGGCCCCGGUGCCGUCGCCGUUGAGAG